UAUCAUCUUUUUUUUUUUAUUCUUAGACUCGUCACAUUUACGUGAAUAUCAGAUUGUGGAUGGCAGCAAAAUUCAUCUUUCUAUUAAAAAGCUUGGGGAUGGAGCUAGUAGUGAUACUGAUAAUGACUUCUUUGGGCUACUGAGAAAUUUCCUUAGAAGUCAUUUUAGCGCACAGGAUACUGAACGAGUCAUGUCUAAAUUCAAGGAGGUUUGUGACAUGUUUAUCAUUGUUCUUGGAGUGCUUGCAAGUGCAGUCAUUUCUCACCUUAAGCCCAAAUACCUUAGUUUUUAUUGUAUUAUAACUCUCGUAUGGACUUCCAGUUCCAUUUUUUUUUUUUAACAAUUUAGAUGCAAAUAAUUUAACUUUAUUCUUCUGUAUGGUAUUGACUGAUUAAUGUUGUCUGAAUAUUUUGAGUGCUGGAAUUGGUUAAAUCUGUAUUGAUAUUUGCACAUUUGACCCCCUAAAAAUGUAAAAUAAUGUCUCAAAGACAUUUCCACUUUAAUCCACCUUAUAAGAAUAAUCUACUCUUUCUAUAAUGUACCACAAUCACAAGUCAUUGUAACACUCUACAUCCAAAUUGACAUACAUGUAACUGGAACUGGAAGUGACUUAAUUUACAGUGGAACCUGGUGAAUGCCAUAGUUAACGGGCCAUUUAACAAACCAACAGCUGUUUUCCUGGAUCUGUACUCUUCUUAAUUUAUGGGACUAUUGAAAGAUGACGAAAUGUUCAAAACCCAAGUGUCAGAUGGAACCACCAGCUGCAAGCAAGUGGUUUCAUUGUAAUGUUUUAAACAUUUUGACAUAUUUUCUUUGGAGAGAACAGACCAGUAUAGAAGAUUGUUGUCUAUCUGUUUGUUUGUUUGUUGUAUGAUAACAUUGACAGUUUUAUUGACAUCCAUUUCCAGUGAAAAAAUCCAUUUCCAGAGGAAACGAAGUUGUGUCAUCAUCACAUCUUUGCUGUAUAAACUGUAGCUCUCACACAAUCAGCAUGUGAGAGAUCACUCAGUUGUUCUGAUGAAAAAGUCUCUCAAGUGUGCGUAACAAUUAUUGAGCCUCUCAAAUGACAACUUUAACGCAUUUUGGCUAUUCCAUUUUUCUCUGAAAUAAAAGCCUAUUUCAACACAAAAGCAAAGACAAAACCAAAAAAAUAAAAACCAACAUAAAGUGAUUUUAGUUAUACCCUAGCCUAUCCAACAUUAAAAUAUGAAACAAGUUGAAUUUUCUACCCUUGCUGCGAUAUGUUUGAUUUUUAUGGACAGGCGCUCUUUAAACCAGAAAACCCCAGGUCAUUAUUUAUGUGGGAUUAAUAAUUAUAGCAAGAGUUUUUUCAAAGCACAACAAUAUGAUUGUUUAAAACUUUAUUUAGUGAGCUUGUCAAAUGCCAUCCUGAUUAAUUUGAUGGCCUUCUUUACAUUGCAAACAGGACUUCAAGUCUUGGAUAUGGUCCCUCAGCCUGGAUGAUGUGGAAAGAUUGGCAUCAAUACACAUAAAGGAGUCUUCUGAAGUUAGCCAGUAGUCAUGUUCUUUCUUUGAUCAGUUCCAGCUGCAUAAACAGUGCCUCUCCGGAGGCGAGGGGAGAUAUGCAACAAUUUGGUACAUUGGAGUCCAUUCUGAUGUCAUGUCUAUUAUUUAUGAGAACCAGAUUUUCUGACCACAGAUUGGAGCAUUUACCACUCUUUGAUAAGUAAUAUUAAAUAUAUUUUUUGUAAAUGACUUUCAAGAGAUGCUAGGAGAUUCUAUUAGUUGUCUUUUUAAACUGCAAUAAUUGUAAAGCAAGGCUCCUUUGUCAGCUCCUUAGAUAAAAAAGGCUCUAUGU